UUCACUACUCUCUGGUCAUCAACAAACGGAAACUGUGGUGCGGUGUUGUGAAACGGCCACUUUUAUUUUGAUAAAUUUAAAUUAAUUGGAAACUAAUAUUGAUAUUAGUUAAUAAUGCCCCGUAAUCCUAAGUUAGAAGAAUUCGAAAUCGAAACAAAACCGACAAGGUCUAUUAGAAGAGGAAAUGUUUCUAAUUUCUUUUAUGAUUCGAAUACAGGCGCUUUUUUGGGAAGGACGGCUGAAAGUUGGGGUAAAAUCAUAUUAUUUUACAUAAUAUUCUAUGCAGUGCUGGGGGCUCUCUUCAUGAUAUGCAUGGUAACAUUCAAGGAACAAUUUAUCAACCCUCGCGUGCCACGGCUGCAGCAGGACCGGGGCCUGAUUGGCACCAGCCCGGGUCUCGGCUUCCGACCCCUGCCACCUGAUGUCAGGAGCACCCUAAUCUGGUACAAAGGCACCAGCUAUGAGAGCUACAAGUAUUGGGAGGAUGAACUUAUUGAGUUCUUGAAAGUGUACAAGAUGAAAGGCCAGACUGCGGGUGCUGGUCAAAACAUCUUCAACUGCGGUUUCCGGAGUCCGCCGCCGCCGGGUAAGGUGUGCGAUGUCGACAUCCGUGCCUGGGAGCCCUGCAUCGAGGAGAACCAUUUCUCUUUCCACAAGUCUUCGCCGUGCAUCUUUUUAAAGUUGAACAGGAUCUACGGAUGGCGGCCGGAGUUCUACAACGACACAGCGAACCUGCCGCACGACAUGCCGCAUCAUCUGCAGACUCACAUCAGGAACCUCACACAGUACAAUAGAGACUACGCGAACAUGGUGUGGGUGUCGUGCGAGGGGGAGACUCCGGCUGACAAGGAGAACAUCGGCGUGGUGCGCUAUCUGCCCUACGCCGGCUUCCCCGGGUACUUCUACCCUUACAUGAACGCUGAGGGAUAUCUCAGCCCCCUGGUCGCCGUGCAUCUCGUCAGGCCCAAAACUGGUAGAGUUAUAAACAUAGAAUGUCGCGCGUGGGCGAGGAACAUCAAGUACGACAGGCGGGAGAAGCUGGGUGUCGUACAUUUUGAGGUUAUGAUAGAAUAAUGUUCACUCUACUGGGUACUGUCGACUAUUUCAUUCAUUUCAUUUUAUUGUAAGAAAAAUUAUGAUGUAUGAUUUUUGUCUUAAAAUCUCAGUGUAACUAUAUAAUUUAUCGAUUAAGAAGUCAUAAGAAAAUAAAUAAAAACUAGUGAUUAAAGCAAUUUUUGCGAAGGAUUCUCGCUUUUACAAUUGACCCUCGUAUGAGCGAGAAACCUCUUUAAGGAGUCAUUUUUGAAUAAUGAUUUAACUGUAAAUCAUGAAUAUACCACCGUUUCGUAGAUAUCAUGAUGAAAUACCAUAGAGAAUCUCUAUGUUUUUUUUUGUGUUAAUCAAAAGACUAUGUUGUGGUCCAAAUUUAACUUUAUAUGAAAUAUUUUGCUAAAAAAUAGCAAUUACUUCGAAAAAAGCGAAACAAUUUAAAAAAUGUUUAAAAAAUAUAAUUCUAUUCUUAAUUACAUUCCAUAUCAUAUACUAAAUAUUGUAUGUGAUAAUUGUACGCCGUCCACUAAUAAAUUAAUCUCAUUAUUUUUACAAUUGUGAGGAAAAUGACAUUUUUCUUCAUUCCUCUAUGAUAUCUACACUUGUUUUUUAUAAUAUCUUGUAUUCCAUGUACUUUACUGUACCGUCCGUUUAUUUAUAGACAUAGUCUGUAGUCUACUAUAUGCUUGUUUUUAUAUUACCAAAUAAAAUACAUAAUCACUUAUAUAAAAAUAAAAUAUGUUAAACCAGAUAUAAUAUUUGAGCUUCAUAUAGAAAGUUACAUGUUGAUUUUUUUUUGAUUUUAUGAUUUUAAUAAUUGUAAUUGAGAUCUGUUUAGAAAUUCGCGGACGAAAUUGGUCAUUUUUAGGGUUCCGUACUUAAAAAGGGAAAAAUCGGAAACCUGAUAGGAUCACUUUGUUGUCCGUCCGUCUGUCUGUCAAUACCCUUUUUUUUAUAAAUGUAUUAACGAAAACUGCCAAUUAGGCCAAUUUUACGAUAAAAAUCUCUUAGAUAUAAUUUUUUUUACAUUUUGAGAUAAUGAUUAAUUUUAAAAAAUGCAUUUAAGUUAUGACAUUUAUUAAUUUACUUUAUUUGAUUUUUUAUUGUGCUUGUGAUGUUUUCUCCGUCCUCUUAGGUACAUUUUUGACAAUUAUAUUUUUUUAAGACUGACUGACUGACAGUUUGAUAAAAUUUUUACAAAAUUGACAUUUU